AUGUCCGAGUUUACUGUUCCCGCAGGAAAUGCUCCCCCUUUUGCCGUUGUGACUGCAACAGAUCGUACAGGGUGGAUAAUCAUCACGUUGGCAUAUGGUCUGUCCUGGGUGUUGCUGUUCUCUGUUAUCAGAAUAUGUAUCCGGUUGACAAUCGCUCCCCCGUUCGGCCUCGAUGAUGUCUUUCUUGGUUUAGCCACGAUCUUUACAAUUGCACAAUCCUCUACCACUCUUUAUGCAGCCUCUCGCGGGCUAGGCAAAUCCGUGGAACUUCUGAGCCCUGAGGCUCUUACUGAAGUCCAGAAGUUGUUUUACUCAAGCACAAUUCUGUUGAAUUUCGCUCUUGGCCUUUCAAAAUGUUCCAUCGCAGCCCUGCUUCUGCGGAUGACACCAGUGAGAAGACAACUGUUAGUGUUCAAGGGAGCUUUGGUCUUUUUGGCCACUUGGACGGUUGCAUCUAUCCUUGCCGUUGCGCUGCAGUGCAACCUAUCACACCCAUGGGUCCUCGUGGGGGAGGAAUGUCCGGGGAUGUUCCUGCGAUGGAAGAUUGUGGAAAGCCUCGAUGUAAUCACCGAGCUCGGUUUGUUCGCCUUGGUCCUAUAUUUGGUUUGGAAUGUUCGACUACAAACAAUGCAGAAAGCUACUGUCGUCAUUGUUUUUGCUCUUCGACUCCCGAUUAUUAUGAUCAUAGCCUUCCGCAUUGCCACUUUCGAUGAGGCGGGCUACACCACCAAUCCAACCUUGGACGAGACCCUCUUCAUCAUCUGGUCCCAGGCAGAGCUAGGUUUUUCAAUUGUCGCCGCCACACUUCCCACCCUACGCCGGUUCAUCUCCGGUCUUGCAACCUACUAUGGCGCGCUCAACCAGAAGAAAGCCAAUGAGGGCUCGACUUACGAAAUCCGACUCGAGGGUGAAACCAGCAAAAUACCCCUAGCAUCCGUCACCAAGAGCGUUGAUCACGAAGGACGCCGUUUCGCUCAACCCGAUACCCAACCCAACGAAAAACAGCCAUUAAGAAACUCUAUCCUUGGGAGAGCAUCAAAAAAUGGUGGCUGCAGCGCGUCGGAUUCCAACCAAGACUGCCAAAUAGGCAACAGAAAUAACGAGCAACAACCCCUAGGCGAGUGGGGAAACAGAGGGGUUACAGCAACACACGUGGUGGCGCAGGAUUCCAACAGCAGGGGGAGCAAUGAAAGUCAGCAGAUGAUUAUAAAAAGUAUGUCGUGGGCAGUUGAGCACGAAUCGAAUUGGCCAAUUUAA